ACAACAACACAAGCUAUAGAAAUUGGACAAAAGAUGAACGCCAAGCAGAUCAUAUUGACCCAUUUCAGUCAAAGAUAUAGUAAAGUACCGAUAUUUACCGAUAAAUUUACCUCAAAUGUUGGUAUAGCUUUCGAUCACAUGACUGUUCGACCGUGUGAUUAUCCCUAUCUAUCAUUGUUAUUAAAACCUCUAGCUGUGAUGUUUGAAGAUGCCAUCAACGAAAUUAAUGAUGUUAAAAAGAAAACCAACCAGAAAAAAGAUGGAAUACAAAACUGUGCUGAUAAUACCUGA